UUUUCGACAAGGUAGGAUAGGCCUGCAUAACAUUCAUUUACUGGCACAGGGAAAGCUAAUGAUUCAAUGACAGCAUUAGCUGGUUGGUCUUGCAUGAUGACAUUAGAGGUGUUUUGAGGUAAUGUGUUCGUGAACACAUUGCAGCUAGAUGGCGACAGCUACCUUACAAUUGUUCAUGUACAGCGCCUUACUAUAGUGCUCUGUUGUAUUUUACACACUGAAACAUUGAAGGCCUGUGUAUUGUUGGCUAAAACACAUGUGGCUAUUGCUGUCAGACUUGUGUUUACAAAGGUAGCCUUUUGGUCAUGCUAUCGAGAUCUGUCAGAUGAAGGAAACAGAACAAAGGAGGAGACUGCAGGACUUCCUUUCCGAGCUUGCAAUACUGGGCUCUUUACAGGGCUUCUAUUAUUUUCAGCCCUGGCUAAGAGGGAGAGAAGAACUUCUGUUGACUGUGGUCAAUGAAGACUUGAGAUGGCGUUCUCCUGGAUAUGCUGUGUCUGUGGCCUCCACCUUCACCAGCUCAACCUGCAGUAGCAGCUACAGUCUAGACAGCGAUUAUGCCAGCUCCCCUUUGGCAGGAGAAGGGCCACUUCCACAAGCCAAACAGCAGACACCACAGGCCACGCAGCAACAAACUCCCAGCAGGAGUGUUGAAUCUCACCUUCUCCCAGCCUCGCCUAGUGAGAGAGAGAUAGCUAUUCCUGAACUGAACUGCACCCUGUUCCUCUUAGCUGGUUAUGCCAAGUAUGGGCAACCGUAUGCUUGGAUUCGAUCCAAUCAUGAGCGGCUUGUAAACAUUGGAGGAGCUGAUAGUCUGGUUAAAGAUACACCAAUGAAGCUUAAGUCCAUCACAGACUGGGUUUCAACGUCACAAGGAGCUCAUGUAUGGGAUGUAGUGAGUGAGUUGGUGGGACUUUGCACCAUGCCACCUCCUGACAACCCCUUCUCUCUAGACAUGCGCUACCUCCAAACCCUCUCCCUCCCAGAGCGCUUCCUGGUCACCGGGGCCCUCCUGAAUUUCCUGGAGAUGAUUGUGGUUCAGGGAAACAGAGAGGAACCAUUCUAUGAUCUGGUUUUAGAGGAGUUGAAGCCAUUGAGACGACUUCAUUUUCAAAGCCUCUCUGAGUUCCAGAGAUUUCAAGACAGUGACAGAACUACAAGCCCCUUAUCAGAAGAUGCUCCAGGCAAAAACUGAUAAUUCCAAUAAAGAUACGC